AUGUCUCAGCUGGUACCAUACCACCUCUACAGCAGCGAGCAAGACGAUAGUCUGAUGUUCGCUACCAUGUUUGACUACCAGGCAGAUGAAUAUAAGAAGCCAAUGUUGGCAAACCUAGAGGGCCUCCAGUCGGGGGUCCCAACCCGCACCACGGCGACCAUCACGCCCACCCAGCUGCGCAACUUCGAGCAGACCUACAUCGAGUUGACCAACUGCCGCAGCGAGCCCACCACUCACGCGGGCUUUGUACCGCCUUCAGUCACGCACGCCAACAACUACGGCAUCCUGAAUUCGGUGGGGUACUGCGAUUCGGGCCCGACGACGGCGCUGCACGUGUCGCCGGGCCCACUCUCCGCCAGCGGCGACAGCAGCAGCAGCCCUGGCCUGCCAACUCCCAAGAGGCGGAACAUGGGCGGCCGAAGACCUACAAAGGCACCGACUGACCUUUCACCCGAAGAAGAAGAACGCAGGAAGAUCAGGAGAGAGAGGAACAAGAUGGCCGCCGCUCGCUGCCGUAAACGUAGAUUAGAUCACACUAACGAACUGCAGGAGGAGACUGACAAGCUCGAGGAGAAAAAACAAUCUCUACAAGAGGAGAUUCGCAAACUAAAUCAUGACCGGGAGCAGUUGGAAUCCAUCCUGCACACUCACAUGCUAUCUUGUCCCCUCGGCAAGCGGUCGACGAGCCCCCCUGACAUCAAACCCUUCCAAGAAUACUCCUACCCAGAAAUGCCUGAAGACGGUGUCCGAGUCAAAGUAGAGGCUGUAGAACCUGUUGUAGACCCCGUCCUGGUGUUGGAUAAUAUAUUUACUUCGCCGGCGAAUGACAAGAAAAUAAUGUUGUCGGCGGCCAACCCUGCCGUGGUGACGAGUGCUGCGCCAGCGACAUUGGACACUCCCCCCGUGCUGUCCCGCCCCAAUCGACCCAACUCAUUACAGGUGCCGCUUAGCCUUACGCCCGCACAGUUACAUAACAACAAAGCUUUGGGCAACAACAAAAUAGCGGGCAUCGAGAUCAGCACGCCCAGUAACGGCAUCCCGUUCAACUUCGAGAGCCUGAUGGAGGGCGGCACGGGGCUGACGCCGGUGCACCCGCACCCGCACCCGUGCGGCCAGCAGCAGCGCGCGGCGCCCGACGCGGCCUCGCCCGACGCGCACAACAGCCUCGUCAGCCUCUGA